AAGGGCCACACAUGAGUCUAUAAGAGCAGACAUCAGCUUUAUCCCUCUGUGACACUCACUGACAGAGAAACAAACCCGAACACACUCACACACACACUGAUCCUCGGAAUGGCGACACAGAGAAAAAGCCACGAAGCUUCUUACGGCGCUUUCUUCAUCUGUCUUUUUGCAGUCUUAUUUCAAGCUGUGAUUUGUGAAGAAAAUGCGGUCCGUGGGGAUGGGGAUCUACUCAUUCCAACACCUAAAGAAUUUCCUGAAGGUAAUUCUCAAAUUAUCAUUUUACCCACGUUCAUGGAUGAUUUAACACCAACAGUAAAUGGCGGCAGUGAGGCUCACUCAACUCAACGUACCAGAACCAGCAACACAGUCCAGCCUGAAAAACACAGUGUCACUUCAAAGCAGGGCAAUGUGGUCUGUGUGAAUAAAAAACCAGAGCAAUACAAACAUGAUGUGCUGCUGAAACUAAAGGCCUCCUCCACAUGUGAAAAGACUAAAGACAGUAUUCAGAGUGUUCUAGACGUUCUCUGUGGUGAAGACUGCAAACUUGAAAUCUAUCAGAUAGACAACACUAAUGAGGUCAUCGUGUAUGGAGACAGCAUUGAAGCUGAUCCUGAAGGAAUGGCUGGGAAGUUCAACAUUGACAACAUUAUAGAUAAGGUGAAUGUAGAGGAGGCAGUGGCUAACAUAGACCAACGCUCCAAAAUUGUCCUGAUCUCUAUUCUGAUAGCGGGUUUGCUUCUCGCUGCUUUGCUAAUUGCUGGAUACAUUCUGAAGACUCAUCGAGGGAAUUCAAAAGGGAUGCGACUGGCUGAGGACUCGUUUCAAGUGGACCAAGAGAACCAAGGCAACACACUUCUGUCUGUGGCUCCUCUACCUCAACAAGAACCACUGGACAAGCCUAUCAUCAAUGGAGAAUCUCCAGACUCGCCACCCACCAACGGACACAACGCCAGCCAGACACAGGUGGCAGAUACACCCAUGUAAGAGGAUCAGAGUCAACAUCAGACCAAUGAACAAACAUCAAGCGUUAUCAUACACACAACAACACUUGGUGUGGCAAAAACUGCAACAGUGACAAUGGUGCUAAGGAAAACAAUGAUGAAAGUACGAGAAAGACUGAUCGCUGGGUAGCUCUUUUAUGUAACAUUGAGAGAUAAAAGAAGUAAAUCUGCUCCAGUUGUGUUUGAAAUGCUAGCAGCAGAUGAAUAACUCCACAUCUAUUGCAGUAAAUAGAAACAUCAAACAUUUCAAAUAUGUUUUGACUCCAACAGUGCAAAAAUUCAUAGAUUCUGUGCCAAAGAAUAGACGAUCUUUUAAGGAAUUUGUAAACUGCAAGUAAUGAAUAGGAUUCGUAUUGUGCAUUUAGUUGAGCCAAAAUCUCAAGUAUGUCUUUUCAGCCUGGAAAAGCAUUCUCAACUGCUGUUUCAUAUACAGUAGCACAUGGAGACACAGAUGUUUCUUAACAUUAGUUGAUGAAUUACAUAUCAUAAAAUGAACAAUGUACUUUUAUAGCAGUUAUUAAAAUAAAUAGGCCACUGCUUCCA